UUGUCUCCACAGAUAUUAUCAGAACUGCAAACUUUUUCCAGCAAUUUCUGUUCCUGAUCUUCAGAGUAUUCUGAGGUAGACUGAGCACCUUUCAAGACCAAGUGUGACCAGCUUAAGACCUUCCAUGAGUUUGAAUGAUGUACAGCCAGAAACUUGCAGAUCAGGUGACAGAUGACCUCCUUCUGGCACUCAAAUUUGUCUUUGGCCCAGCUGCCUUGCAUGCCUUAGAGCUGGUGGAUCGCCGUUCAGUUACACUCAUCCAGUCACCCAGUGGAAGGUCACUGUACCAGGUUGAAGGAAGCUCUGGUCAAGUAUAUUAUUGCCUCUGCUCCUGCCUUUACUGCUCAUGCCCAGCCUUCAUGUAUUCUGUUUUACGAAGGAAUGACAAUAUAAUGUGUAAGCAUAUUCUUGCGGUAUAUCUCUGUCAAGCCAUGGGAGUGUCGCACCAGCUGAAAGUCUCAGAUAAGCAACUCACCAACUUUCUGCUGGCCAAGGACAAGGAACCUGGAGCCUCACCACAUUAGAGGUCACCUUUUGUUUUGGAGAAGGGAGGGCUGCUAAGAAACGUUUUACAUGACGUACAAGAUCCCAGAUUGACCCUUGAAGUCUCCCAGUUACAAAGCUUGAGUGUGCUGUACAGAGACAACUAACUGCAAACAAUAAGAAGCAGGCAAGCUUUUCUAUGAAGAAGACAACACUUAGGUUAUUUCAGUUGAUCAAAUAAUCGAAAUGUCAGAUGGAAGGUUACAACACUGUUCCAAGAACUGUGGAAGAGAAAAGAAUGUUUCAUUUCCAAACCUGUGUAAGUCUUAGCUACAGAUUGUGUGUUACCAAAAUAAAAACAGCUGACAACGUA